AUGAGCCGCGAGCGCGAGGCCAGCAGCGGAGUGGCGGCGACCUCCGCCUCGCCCUCGCAGCCCGACGCGGGGCUGGAGAGGACGGCGGACGCGGUGGAGGAGCUGUACCGCCUCCGCGACACGUUCUUCCCCCGCGACCCCGCCGAGAAGCCCGCCGCGCUCCGCGCCCGCGCCGACGCCGCCCUCGCCGUACUAGACUCCCUCCCUCCUGAGCAAAGGAAAUCGCCACAACAGCGUGCUGUUUGUGAGUUCUUGAGGGGGAAAAUACUGGACGUCUUCCCUGAGUACAACAAGGAGGCCGAAGAUCAUCUAUCGAAAGCAGUAAAGCUGAAUCCAUCUCUUGUAGAUGCAUGGCUAUGCUUGGGCAACUGCAUCUGGAAGAAGGGGGAUCUGGCUUCAGCAAAGAAUUGCUUUGUGUUAGCACUGGACAAGGGCGCAGAUAAGAAAAUACUAUGCCAACUCUCCAUGCUUGAAAGAAGUAUGGCUCAAGGCAGUGAAGAUCAAAAGUUGUUGGUGGAAGAGAGCAUUAAUCAUGCAAAAGAAGCUGUAAUGCUGGACAUAAAAGAUGGAAACUGUUGGUAUAAUCUGGGAAAUGCAUAUCUCACAAGCUUUUUUGUGAGUGGGGCCUGGGAUCACACUCAACUUCAUCAUUCGGUCAAAGCAUAUCAGAAUGCUGAGAAGGAUGAAACUACGAAAUUGAAUCCAGACCUCUAUUAUAAUUCUGCCACCGCUAACAAAUAUUUAGAGAAUUACGAAAGAGCCCUUAGUGGUUUUGAAGCUGCAGCUUUAAAGGACCCUGACCUUGGUGCUGAUACAGAAGUUCAGAAGAUCACCAGUCUCCUUGAUAAGCUUGUGAAUGCAAUGAAGGGACAACUACGAUCCAAGCGAUUAUCAUCAUUGGUGUCUUCUUUGGGUGAAGUCAACUUAAAAUCAUCCCACAAGAAAGCAACCAUAAGCAUUCUAUCAGAGGGUUUAAACAAGAUGGUUGCUGUUUUGGGAAAAGUUGUGCUUUUGAUAAGACAUGACGAUGUUGCUCCACUGUAUUAUUUGACGUGUGACUCAGAUCAGUCUUAUUUUAUACUAUCAGUUUAUGGGCUACGGAAUGAAGCAAUUAAAGAAGGUGACCGGGUGGCACUGUUGGAACCAUACUACAGAAUCCUGAAUAUACCAUGGAAAGAGCAGCACUACCAGUUCAAAAUGAUUCGGGUGGACUUCCCUGAACAAAUUCUUAUCAACGAGAAGGCACCAGGUCCACAUCAUGUGAUCCGCGCUUCAAUCCAUGCACAGAAUAAACCAUGACUGUCGGCCAACGUAUGAAUUCUUGUUCUCCAUUUUUCUGUAGUCUUAGACAUGUGUGCUUGCAUCCAUGUGGAGCUCUGUCAGCGAAUGAAUAUAUUUUGCUUGGUGUGGUAUCCAUUGAUGUGGGAGGCUUGUUAUGUGUAAUGCCAUGUAAAUACCAUAUUAGUGUGUUCCUGUCUUGCAUUGUAGUACAUUGUAAACCAUCUAA